UAUUGCUUCGCGUCAUUGCGCACUAUCACUAGAUUCAAAUUGGAGCCGACUGAGCAAGUACUGAGAAACUGAUGAGGACUUGCUAAUGGAAAUGGAUGAUAAUGGCCUACAGGCCUCUUGCUGUGAUACAAGAUGGUCGGAGCAACUGUCAGGCCUUCCUCACAAGCUCCUGCACCGCCUGAUGCCUUUCCAAAGGGAGGGAGUGGAGUUUGCUUUAUCGAGGAGCGGACGAUGUAUGAUUGCCGAUGAGAUGGGUCUCGGGAAGACCGUGCAGGCCAUCGCAGUGGCGUACACCUUCAGGCAGGAGUGGCCCCUCCUGGUGGUGGUGCCCUCGUCCCUCAAGUACCCCUGGAUCGAAGAGCUGGAGAGGUGGAUCCCUGAGCUGCAGCCUGGAGACAUCAAUUUGGUGGAGAACAAGAGCCACACCAUUGGCAUUGGUAGCAGUAAAGUGACGGUCCUGGGCUAUGGCCUACUCACCACAGAUGCACGCCCCCUGGUGGAGGCACUGAGCGGGCAAAGGUUUGCCGUGGUGGUGGUGGACGAGUCGCAUUAUCUCAAAUCCAGGAACGCAGCGCGGACGAAGAUUCUCGUUCCUCUCAUUCAGAGCGCCAAGCGCGCCAUCCUGCUCACCGGUACCCCUGCUCUGGGUCGACCUGAGGAGCUAUUCAUGCAAAUUGACGCCCUUUAUCCCAAGAGGUUCGGAACCUGGACUGACUAUGCCAAAAAAUACUGCAAUGCCCAUUACAGGUAUUUUGGGCCUCGCAGGCAGUGGGACUGUCGCGGGGCGUCCAACUUGGAGGAGCUGCACCAGCGGCUGAGUCAGAUCAUGAUCCGUCGUCUCAAAGCUGAUGUGCUCAGUCAGCUGCCCCCCAAAAUCCGCCAACGUAUCCCCUUUGACCUGCCCAAGGAAGCUGCAAAGGAGGCCUCGGCUAGCUUCGCCGAGUGGGAGAGGCUGAUGAAGAGCCUGGGGUCGGGGGCUGCUACGACGGACACCCCCUUCACUGAAGUCAUGGGCCUGGUCACGCAGAUGUACAAGCAAACAGCCAUCGCCAAGGCAGGAGCUGUGAAGGACUACAUUAAGAUGAUGCUGGAGGCAGAGCAGCUGAAGUUCCUGGUGUUCGCCCACCACCUCACCAUGCUGCAGGCCUGCACCGAGGCCGUCAUCGAGGCCAAGGCUGGUUAUAUCCGAAUCGAUGGCAGCGUACCGUCAUCAGAGCGAAUCCAGUUGGUCCACAGAUUCCAGAGUGACCCAGAAACCCGAGUGGCCAUCCUCAGCAUCCAGGCAGCUGGACAGGGUUUGACCUUCACCGCUGCCAGCCACGUGGUGUUUGCCGAGCUCUACUGGAACCCCGGUCACGUCAAGCAGGCUGAAGAUCGUGCCCACCGCAUUGGGCAGACGUCCUCCGUCAACGUGCAUUAUCUCAUUGCCAAGGGCACCUUUGACACCGUCAUGUGGUCCAUGCUCAACAGGAAGGAAAAGGUGACUGGCAGCACUCUAAAUGGAAGAAAGGAAUAUCUGAAGGCCGACGAGGGCGACAAGGACAAAUGGGAGUUCCUCAACUUUGCCAACGCGUGGACGCCAAGUGAGAUGGCGCUGCCGCUGGAGGGAAGCACAGGAAAUGCCAAAACCGACGUCUUCUUUACUCAUUUUGAGAAAGAAAAGCAGCACGACAUCCGUUCCUUCUUCUCUCCGCAAGCUGGCAAGACGAAGAGGAAGAGAACAGAAGAUGAAGAAAGUCCCUCCAUCUCCUCAGAGACGGCUGCCACGCCAGCUGGCAUCCGGGUAUACUUAGAAAACAGCGAGGAGGGGAACGAGGAGUCAUGCUCCCAAACCUCCAAAACGCCCGAUCGGGAUUUCUCGCCCCAGCUGAAAAGGCUGCGAACACCGCAGCCCAACCGGAGCCCCACGUCUCGAUUUGGGGGGAAGCGGAGGUCGUCUGCAGGGGGGAUCAGCGCAGGCAGACCUGCCAACGCGGUCUCCCUAAUGUCUCAGCCGUCUGAGCCUGAUCCUGCAUCCGUGUGGAAUUGCGGGGCCUGCACCUACUCCAACAGCAGCCUGUUGCCAUACUGCGAGAUGUGUGAGUGCCCGCGCUCUACCUCUGCUGUCAGCUCAG